UUUUCAACCAAUCAAAAGUGCCGGAAGUCAAGCAGUGCGUACCUGCCGGUAACAAAUGCAAAAUGGCGGAGAAAGAUCCUACUUGUAAUCCUAUACAGCCUUUGCUGGAGAAGACUGAGCAUGGAGCAGAUCUUCCCAGUGAUGCAGAAGUCGCAUCAGCCCCACAGGCUGUGCCAGGUCCAGAGGACUUUAAAAACUUUGACAUCGUCAGGGCGACGCAGUAUGGUGCUUUUGACCGUGUCAGGGAGCUGAUAGAGGCCGGGUAUGAUGUCAACCAGAUGGAUAAAGAGAACGUCAGCCUCCUCCACUGGGCAGCUAUAAACAACAGGGCCCAGAUAGUCAAGUAUUUCACAUCCAAGGGUGCAGUUGUGGACAAGUUUGGCGGGGACCUCAAUUCCACCCCUCUGCACUGGGCAACAAGACAAGGCCACCUGUCUAUGGUUGUACAGCUGAUGGCGUAUGGUGCUGAUCCCUCACUGAGAGACGGAGAAGGCUGCAGCUGUGUCCAUCUUGCCGCCCAGUUCGGUCACACAGCCAUUGUGGCCUACUUUAUUGCUAAGGGUCAAGAUGUGGACAUGGUGGACAGAAACGGCAUGACAGCUCUAAUGUGGGCCUCGUACAGGGUGUUUGGUAGGUAUGAUCCUGUGCGACUGCUGCUGACAUUCGGAGCAUCUGUGAACAAGGCUGACAAAUACCAGGGCAACACCCCCAUACACUGGGCAUCACAGACAGGCAACCACCUCGUCAUCAAGAUGCUGCUCAAUGCAGGAGCUGAUCUCAAUAUUGAAAACGCCAAGGCCCAGACGCCCGCUGAGGUUGCUGUGGCAACCAAGAACAUAGGUCUGGUAAAAAGGCUGCGUCAAGCUAGGUAUGAGAAGGGCCUGGAUCGGUCCCACGUUUUCCAGUCCUACACCACGGACAAGACAGUACGGAAGUAUUUUGCGUAUUGCUUCCCCUUCAUUGCCCUGUUUGUGAUUGGCUACAUCCCGGAAACGCCCUUGACCUGGGUCGAGAAACUGGGUUUCUACCUCAUCACGUUCGGAGUGUGGAAACUGUCAACAAUAUUCUUUUUUGAUGAAAAUGUGACCCAGCUGAUGCCAGUGUCGAUCUACCUGGCAACCAAGUUCUGGAUGUACUAUACUUGGUUCGCCUACCUCUACCCCUAUGUGGGUGAGACUUGGAAGACUGUUGCAUUUACUGCCAACACAUUACUGCUGACUUACAAUUUCUGGAAAGCAUGGCGGACUGACCCUGGCUACCUCAAGAGUACAAGGGAAGAGAAGAUUAAGACUAUACUUGACCUAGCUGAAACACAGACCUUGACCUUGGCCCAGUUCUGCAGCACAUGCUUGAUACGUCGACCAAUCAGAUCGAAGCAUUGCUCCAUCUGCGAUCGCUGUGUAGCCAAGUUUGAUCAUCACUGUCCCUGGGUUGACAAUUGUGUUGGUGCGUACAACCACAAGUACUUCCUGGGCUUCCUCUUCUUCCUGAUGGGCAUGCUGGUCUGGUGCCUCCAUGGCAUCUUCCUCUACUGGAGAAAUGAGUGCCCAUUUGAUAUCUAUGAAGAUGGUAUCACUGGCAUCGUUUACAAGAUCUUCAAGAAGUCUCCGUGGGUGGGCUGGAUUGCCAUCAAUGCAUUUGGUCAUAUAUUCUGGGUCACCUGUCUGUUCGUGUGUCAGCUGUAUCAGAUCAUGUGGCUCGGCAUGACAUCAAAUGAACGUCUCAACCAGGGACGUUAUACCCACUUUCAUAAAUAUGCGAAUGAACGACAUGGUCACAGUCAUGGUCAAGAUCAAGGUCAUGGUCACAGUCAUGGUGCAGGUCAAGGUCAUGGUCACAGUCAUGGAGGGCCAGGGCCAGAAGACACUCAACCCCCAAAGAUUGUUAGUCCAUUCCACCGUGGCAUUGUCAGGAACUUGACCGAUGUGCUGGACGUACGUUGCUGUGGGUUACUGCGACCUAGUAGGAUUGACUGGACCAAGAAGUUCGACACUGGCGAUGCAGCGGACUUCUCCAGCCGCAUGCCCCUCCAUGUCCCCCGAGAAAACUACCAGUUUGUGUGACGAGUACAUCAUUCAUCCAUCAUUCAUUAUCGUGAUCAGCUGAUUGGGUGAUUGACACUUGUGUGGUAGAUUUCAUACUGUUCGACUGUGAGCUAUGCUUGUAUAUUUAUGUACCAAAAAUUCUCUCCAUAAUUUGUAUAUACUGGACAUGAUUUCUGUUGUCUGUAGUGGUACGUCAGUGCCAAUUACUAAAAUGUAAACGAUCAAAUGUCUAAUUCCUGGUUGCCUUUUAGAAAAUAUUGCACAACGCAACUGUUAAUAUAUAACAUAUACUCUGAUAAAUUCAGAUAGCACAUGUUUGUACAUUUCUUUUCUUAAAGACAUUUCUGCAUUUUUUGUGAGUUGUCAGGGAGUCACAACGUGUGUAUAAUUAUUGUGGAUAAAUCAUCUGACAUUAAUACAUGCAAACCUAACAGUAGCUAGAUAUAAGAAGAUGAAAUUUAUGAGUUUGAGCGUUAUUUUUAUUUAAUUGGUUAUGAAUCCACUAAUUAAAAAUUUCACAUAUGUGGAAUAAAAUGAAUCAUUUUGAGUAAUUUUGUUUCCUCCCCCUGAAUCUGCUUAAUUAUUUUAGUAUUGAAAUAGAAAUAUUGAAACAACUACCUGUAAUCAUAAGACAAGUAGAAAGGAAAUAAUCAUUUGACGUUUCAUGACUAUUGUCAGACCUCGUCUGUCCUGGUGCCAUCUCUACCUAGCAUCUUCAGGAAUACACAACGUGGUCUUGCUAGUGUUGUAGCCCAGGACCAUUUCAGAGUCAAACGUUUAUCUCAUCAGACUGAGUGAGGAGGGAGGUGAAAUGGGGUUUGACUUUGUGCGUGUGUGGCUAUUUGUAUUAGUCUGGACUUAUAGUGAUAGUCCACUGAGGUAUCAUGCCUCAGUUUAGCAUGAAUACUCGACUCAGACACAGUAUACUGAUUCCGAGCUAUCAGUCCUGGUUUUAGCCCCUAAAUGCUGAAUGCCAGGCAGGUAACAACAAGUACUAUCUUUUGAUGUCUUUUGGUAUGACGAGGCUUAGGGAUGCAACCGCUGACCUGCUCUCCCCAAAUCCCAGCCUCACCAUCAUUGUGGACAUUCUGGAUGAAAUGGCAGUGAAAGUAUCAAAGAUAAUUUAUGUGGACUGUUAUUGUUUGUCAUGACAAACAGUGUGGUGUAAUGGUCUUCUGUUAAGUGUCCAACAUGAGACUUGAUAAUAUAGACUUGGCGAUUAUCCAAUUUGUCAAUUAAUCACUCGAUUUGCUGUGCAAAGUUGCAUCCCUUGGGCACGCCAGAAACCUAUGAUUGUGGGUUUGAAUCCCGGUUCGCCCUGAUUAUGUUUCUAGGUUUGUCAGCACCAUACCUGUGCUCGUGGGUUUCACCGAAGU